AUGUCAGACGGAAUAUAUCUUCCUACUGAAAUUCACUCUGAGCAAAUAAAUAACAGAACAAAUCAAACCAUCAUCACAAAUUUUAUUCUCUUGGGAUUCGGUGAUCAUCCAGAACUGCAGGUUCUUCUAUUCUUGUCUUUCCUCGCAAUCUACAUGCUUACUGUGGCUGGAAAUAUCAUCAUCAUCGUGCUUGUUGUUGCGGAUCUACACCUCCACACCCCCAUGUAUUUCUUCCUAGGGAAUUUGUCUUGCUUGGAGAUCUGCUACACAUCAACCAUCCUGCCCAGAUUGCUCUUCAGUCUGCUGACUGGGGAUAGAACUAUUUCUGUUCGUGGCUGCAUUGUACAAUAUUUCUUCUGUGGUUCUUUAGCAGCUACUGAAUGUUACCUCUUGGCUGUGAUGUCCUACGAUCGAUAUUUAGCCAUAUGCAGGCCACUGAAAUACACACAUCUUAUGAACGGCAGGAUUUGCUUCUGGCUUCUUGCCAUCUCUUGGAUGAGCGGUCUGCUAAAUAUCAGUAUAAUAACGUCUCUUUUGUCUGAGCUAUUAUUUUGUGGCCCCAAUGAAAUUGAACAUUUCUUUUGUGACAUAGCCCCUCUGUUCAAACUGUCCUGCAGCAGCACCCACUUAGUGGAACUCAUAAAUUUCAUUUUUGCCUCCAUAGUCACCUUACCACCAUUUCUCCUUACCCUGAUCUCAUAUGUGUGCAUCAUCAUCAACAUCCUCCAAAUGAAGAUCAAGGCCUCCAGGCAGAAGGCAUUCUCCACAUGUUCCUCCCAUCUGACUGUAGUGAUUCUUUUCUAUGGGUCUCUGAUUUGUGUCUAUUUACUUCCGCAAACUAACACACUGAAGAAGCUUCAUAAAACGUUCUCCCUGUUUUAUACUGUCUUCACACCCAUGCUCAACCCUCUUAUAUACAGUCUGAGAAACAGAGAAGUCAAGGCUGCCCUUUCUAGAACUGCCAGUAAAAUUGUCAAUAUGGCUCAUUCCUGA